AUGGAUCGCUACAGAAAAGAUCGCUCUCCAUACAGGGAAAGGAGGAGGGAUCGCUCGCCACACAGGGAAGAAAGAAGAAAACGCUCCAAUGUCCUGACCUACAAGAAACUGCAGAAAAUGCCACUAAAUCUACGAAAGGCUGCCAUACGAGAAGCCCGAAAUCGCAAUGAGAAGAUCCAGGGAAAGCGAAAGGAGCGGAGAAGGAAGCCCCAAGAGGUUCCAACUGCCCGACGUGUGCGAAACGACUUCGAUCGUUCCGAACACAAUGCGAUGUUGGCCAGCACUUCUCAGGAACUACGGCAAAUCCUGCAGGACUUCGAGUGUCUCUCGGAUAUUCCCCACGACAUAACGCCCACCGAGCUUCAGGGGGAGAUAGCCAUCGCCGAGGGACAGGCCACAACGAUCCAUGUGGAGCGGGAUGGACUCAGCACCCUCACCGUGGUGCUCCACCAGCGCCAGCCGACGAUCGCUCAGUUGAAGAGGGCAAUUGCUUUGAUCUCGCGCGCCCAGCACAAGCGCAGGCAACGCGAACGGAACGAAGAGCGUCUUCGGCGUCGGGGAAUCGACGACGGCGACUCCGACGAUCGGCGGCAGAGACAACCAGUUGUGGUGGCCAGCUCCACCGGCGAGUUAGUUCAUUCCGCUCAGCGCAACGGGCACGAUCACCGCGCGUUCGUCUCGUGGCGAUUUCUAUGGCGCUGUUUCGGACUGCUCAACGUGGACACCAAUCAGCCGAUCGACGACCGACGCUCCAGCGGCAGGGCCACCCUGAAGGAGCUGGGCAUUGAGAACGCCGCCACCCUGAAGUUCGUCCAUCGCGUCAAGUAUUUCGGGCGCCAGCGACAGAGUUAA